AUAUCGAAUCCGCAGCCUUAAUGACAUUUCGCUGCUUCAACGAAAAGGUGCAAAAAAAAAUAGUAUUUUGUUUUCAAUUCGAAUAACAUAAAACGCAAUUUAUUGUUAAAGAUGGCAAUGUCGGUGUUGUUACGUUCGCAAAAUAAAUUCAAAGCUGCAGCCACCUUAUCAAAUGUAUUCCGAUACAGUACCAGCGCCAGCAAAAAUUCAUUCAAACUUUUGGAACAUCAAAAUGUAUCAAAAUUCGUAUUUCCCAAGUUAAACAUUGCACCAGUUGUGAAAACGGCUGGCAUUCGUCAAAUUUCAUUGACCGCCACGAGACAAUCGGCAGCUGGCGGCAGUCAUUCUGGACUAUGGACAGCUGAACGUUUUGUGAGCUUAGCAUUGUUGGGCAUUAUACCAGCCGCUCUAGCGUUUCCAUCAAAAACAUUGGAUACAUUGCUUGCCAUCUCUGUAGUGAUGCAUGCACAUUGGGGCAUCGAAGCAUGUGUCGUCGAUUACAUUCGACCAGUUAUUUUCGGACCUUUGAUUCCAAAGGUGGCACCGCUAGCUGUUGUCGCUUUUUCAGCACUUUUACUCGGUGGUCUUUUGUACUUCAUCCAAACGGACAUUGGUAUUGCACAAACGGUUCGAAAAUUCUGGGCCAUCAAAGGCCAAUAAACAUUGUAAACAAUUGUAAAUUGUAUGUGCGAAGAUAAUUUUAAUUUAAAUAAAAGUCAAGAAUGAAAAGAUCGGGUCGUUCAUAAA